AUGGAUGGAUCAGGCCCUCAAGUACAAACCGGACGCUCCUCUCCACCAUCCGCUGGACCCUUUGGCUACGCCUUCCUCUCCCCGAUGGACACUCCUUUCGAACAAGCGCCGGCCUUGCCUCCAGGGCUGCCUCUGCUUGACGAUGACGAAUCUAAUAUGCUCGAUAACUUCUUCACUACGAUGAAUACUAAUCACUUUACGAACGAUUUCUGGCUCCGGGGUCCGCAAAACAAACCUUCCGGUCUGAACUUCGACUGGACUGACGAACUUCCACCUACCUUUGAGGGAUCAACAACGUCACUGUCCCAACCUUCUUUUCAACCACAAAAUCUCAAAAUGAACCUGAUGAAUAGCAGCGCUGCUGGUCCUGACAUCUAUGCGGCGGCCUCGAUGCUGUAUCAAAACCAUAUGAAUAGCACCGAUCUCGGUUCCCCAUUACCCCACCAGCAUGCGUUCGUCGGUCAACCGCUGAAUGUGAAUGGUGCUCACGAUCGUCGCAAUUCCCAGCACAUGGCCCCCGCACAAGCAUCCAGCUCCUCGCCAUCACGCCCUCGGAUCCCCACCGGGUUUCACACUUCUGAAAUGCUCUUUGACGUGCGAGACCCUAUUCCGGAAGACCAACAUCCCUCUCGCAAAACACGCGGACUUCACUGGGGUUCAGACGGCGGUUUCAUGGAUCAAGGCUAUGUGGCACCCCCUGACCAGCCCGACAUGGAGACUCGCACCAGGGAACUGCUAGAUCAUCUUGACUGCUUCGAGCCUCAGACCAGCGCAGCCAACACUCGGGCUCCCAGCCCUGAACGUAUUGCUGGCGCUUAUGGUCAACGCACUGCCUUCCGUCAGGCCGACGAGGAUGAUAGCGCCCAGCCCCGCAAGAAACAGCGUACUGUCAAGACGAACGGUGAUCAGUACUCUGAUGAUGAUGAUUCACGGUCGCUAUCACGAAAAUCACGAACCCCCAGCAUCGCCAAGGGCCGACGUGCGUCAACAGACACAUCCCGAAAAGCAAGAGUCACCCCAACUAGCAAAGCCCCCCGAGAGAACCUCUCCGAAGAGCAAAAGCGGACUAAUCACAUUCUUUCGGAGCAAAAACGGCGCAACCUCAUCCGUCAAGGCUUCGAUGAUCUCUGCUCACUAGUCCCCGGCCUCCGAGGUGGUGGCUUCAGUAAAAGUGCCAUGCUCACCCAGGCCGCAGACUGGCUGGAGGACCUCCUCCGUGGCAAUGAAAUCCUGCAGAGUCAGUUGACGGACAUGAAAGCGAUCAAUGGCCUAGUAAUGCCGCGAUGA